AUGGGUCGCAGAAAGAUCGAGAUCAAAGCCAUCAAGGAUGACAGAAACCGCUCUGUCACCUUUCUCAAGCGCAAGGGCGGUCUGUUCAAGAAGGCGCACGAGCUUUCCGUCCUCUGCUCAGUAGACGUCGCUGUCUUCAUCUUCGGCAGCAACAAGAAGCUGUACGAGUAUUCCUCCACAGACAUGCGAGAGAUGAUCACCAGAUACACAUACCACGGCGGCCCGAACGAGCACAAGGGCCCCUCUGACUUCAACGGCGGCAACGACGAAGACGAAGAUGAGGAGGGCGAUGGCACGCCUCCCCACGGAGAGUCAAUGGAGCCCCAGAUGAUCCCCCCUCAGUUUCAAGGACAAGCGCCGUUCCCCCAUAUGCGACACCACACCCCGUCAGCCUCGCCGCCUAUUCCUAAUGGUAUGCCCUUCCCUCAACACCCCGGGCAUCCCGUGCAACGCGGGCAUACGCCGCAACCGGGAAUGGGAUCGCGUCCCGCUUCCAGGCAAGACAUCCGCCGCAUGGGUCCGAACAUGGGCCCUCAGCCCGUCGGCCCUCCUGGAUCUCAGCAACCUCCUGUCAACGGUUUCGCCUACAUGCCCAACCCGGCCAUCUACAACCCGCAAAACCAGCCCAACAUGCCGCCUAACAUGCCUCACGGAAUUCCCCAACACGGCCCUCAGUAUCCUCAGUACCCGCCGAACCCUCAUCCCCCGCACAUGCAGCAGUACAUCGAAGAGCAGCGUCGCUCCAUGCCGCCCAACUACCCGCAACCGCAGGGACCGCCACAAGGCCCAGGACCUCAGGUUUCUCGGAUCUCGCCAUCUCCGCCGCAGCCUCCCACUCAGCAGUUGCCUCCUCAGCCGCCGCACAUCUCACCCCCGCCGCCACAGCCUCAGCAGCUUGAGCCUCAACAGCAGCCGCCGCACCCGUCACCUCAACCUCAGCACCAGCCUCAGCCCCAGCCUCAGCAGCAGCAACUACCGCCGCCGCCGCCGCAACCGCAGGAGACCGCGAUGCCGGCCCCAAUGGAGCCGCGAUCUGAAGCUCAAGAUAGACCUCAGCCGCCAUUAUUGAACACCGACAGUGCUAUUAAGAAGCUGCCGCAGCGCAAGCAACACAGCAUCUUCACGCCCAUUGACGAAAACCGCUCUAUUCUUUCCCAGCACCUGGCUUCAUUUGCCUCCGAUCAAAGCAACGGGAAAGGUCCUCAGCUGCCAGACCAGGCGAACAUCAAGAUUGAAGGCAGCCGCUCCCAAUCUGUUGAUGUCGGCGCUGUCUCUAGGACCAAUGGAUCUACCUCGUCUCCACCUUUGCCUCAGCGCGCCACCUCUACGUCGCUAAACAAGACUCGCAACAUUUCCGUGUCGUCUAUCCCAGAGACAACGUUUACUCCACCUUCUCGCACCAAUAGCAUGAAGAUUGGAGGUGGUGCGCGUCCCCGUUUGAGGGUGGAGAUUCCCGACGAACCUUCGGAUGGCGGUAGCGCAACUGCCGAGUCAAACUCUCCUCGCAACUCGACAGAUGCUACAUCCCAGACGACUCGGCGCCAUGCAUCCGAUUCGCACUCUUCCGGUAUGGUGCUGCCACCGCCAUCCCCGUCCGCCCAGACGCUCCUGUCAGCCGGUGCCACGGGCCCUCCCAACCCGUUUGCUCGGCCGCCGCCGCAGCAAAACAACAACAACAUGAACAGCAACAUGAACAUCGACACGCCCGUCUCUGCUCUCCCCUCCCGAUUCCUGAACAAUGAAUUCCUCCCAAGCCCGAGCAGCUUCUACCCCGAGUGGUACUCGCGUGGUGGCAGUGACAGCAACACUCUGCCUAGCCCAUUGAAUUUCGCGACUCCUGUGGUUGGCUCAGGUCCCAGUUUUCUGAGGGACGACAAUGCCACCAGCACCAAGCGCAAGAGUCCCGAAAUCAGCGCAACCGGGCCCCACGAUGGGCCCGACGUCGGCAACGAGCCCAAGAGGGUCAGGGUUGACUCUUAA